UAAUUGUCCUACUUUAUCAAAAGGUGUAGUUCCACAGCCUGAACUACCCUUACAAGCUUUUCCAGUUUUAAACAAAAGUAGAGUAGAUGGGAACCAUUCAAGGUAUUGUGUUUUGCAGUCAAGAAAGAAGACUUCAGCCUCUGCUGCUUCUAGUGGAGCUGUUUUGGGACAGGUUUGUCCGCCAACUUUGGCAUUUCCAUCAAAACUGCCUCCGACUUGGUCAGUUGUCAGGUACUAUCUUCUUAAAGACAAAAGAGAUGCACAGAGCAGCCGUUGUGAUUCAAGAAAAAAGUUGAUAGAAGGUCUCCAUCCGCUUACUGAUGUGAACUCAGAAUUCCAAGUAAAUACCGAUGCCAAAAGGAGAAUUUAUAAAUCAAAAUUGCGAUACUUGUCAUCAACACAACUUGGAUACAGAGAUGGAGCUACAUGUACUUUGAUGGCAUAUGUCAAGCCUGUUAAUUCAUCCAGGCUAUUUCACAGUUCUUCUAAUCUGUUGAAAUCUGAUGACAUCACUUUUGAAGACAAUUUAUCUUGCACGAGGGAAUGUGCUGCGUCUGAAGAUGGCUUUGUUUCAAGAAAUACAAAAGAGAUUACAGUAGGUAAAGAAGACACACCUAGUACUGCAAAAAGUCAAUGUGAAGACAUGAAAUGCAGAAAUAAUGAUUCCCACUCACUGAAUCUGAAUCAGGACUGGCCUCGUACAUUUGAAGACAAAAUGUCUCAGAAAGGAAACGAAAAAAUAUGCUCCAUUUCUGCAAAUGGAACUGUUGAAGAAAGAACAAGUGAUUGUUUUGUUGUCUCACCUUACAUUGAGGAAAGUGGAACAAGAAUGGAUACACCAAUAUCAAGUUUAGAAUUAAACAAAAAUGAUACUGUUCAAGAAGAGAAGACCAUUGGCAAGGUAUUGGAUGAUUUAGAUGUAGUAGGUACAGAAAAUGGAAAGCACAAAUCAGUAAGGGGAAAACCUCCCAUUUUACCACCUGGAAAUGAAUUAACGGCAGAUUGUAAUUUAUUGCAGGAAAGAAAAACAAAAAAGGACAAAGAAAAAGAUGAAAAAGUGACAGGGGAGGAAAAAAUUGGAAGUCUUUCCCAGAAAGUUGUGAAGGAAGAGAUGAAAUGGCUGAAAAAUCCAGAGUCAAUGUUGUUCAUGGAGAGAAAACCUUCAUUCAAUGAAAUGGAAGAACAUUUACGUUAUGGUGGAAUGUUAAAGAUGGUGGAGAAUAUACCAUCCAAUGUUAUUGAUGCAGCAGUCAAGUAUGGUCUGAAACCUAUGGCUGAGGGCUACACCUGUCUGAUUACACGGUGUCCAAAGCUGUCAAAGCAAAAGAGAGCCAAAAAAGGGAAUCUGUACAUCAAUGCUACCUCUGGCCAUUUCCAGUGUGAUGAAUGUCAGCACAGGGGCACCUGGUCUGCUCUUCAGCUUAACUUAGAAGACAUGCAGAAACUCAAGGGCAAAUCCAGGGCGGAUCACCCAUGCAUGGCAGCAGUCCAAGGAGCAGUUCCCCUGAAACAGGGUACAAGUGAAGUGGAAAGAUAUCUCAACGAGGGAGUUCUACUGAAACAACUGGAGAAAAUUGAGCUGGAACUGGUCCAGGAGAUGUUUGAAUGUUAUAAUCUAUCUUUAUCUACCUUAAUGAAUUAUGAUAUAAGAUAUCAUCAUGAUGACCAAGCACUCCUGCUUCCGUAUUACUUGCCAGACAAGACCUUAAUCAGCGUUAAAAAACUCACAUGUCAGUCGCUGGAAGAUAUCGAUAGCUUUGAGGUUUCACAGGAAUUCAUGUCCACAUCUGGAAAGUCUCACCUGUUUGGCUGGAACCAGAUUUCCAUGAAGGACAAAUCCGUAAUCCUCACCGCCAGUGAAUUUGACGCCAUGGCUAUCACAGAGGUCACAAAAAAUAAAGCUUUAGCUCUUCCCAUGGGUAUCUCUUCCACACCCAUUGAGUGCUUACCUGACCUAGAAAGAUUCACGAAGAUCCUACUGUGGUUUGAGAACGACCUGUUAUCUUGGAAAUCAGCAAAAGCAUUUGCCAGGAAACUGAAUGGUGCCAGGUGCUACAUAAUCAGGCCAAGUGUUGAAAACCCUGGUCCCUAUAGAGCCCUACAGCAGGGCCUGUCUAUACAAAAGAUCAUAAACAAUGCACAUCAGAUCAUGCAUGAGUCUAUUAUUGGAUACUCGGAUAUGAAAAGUGAGGUUUACUCUGAAUUGGCCAAUCUGAAGUUGGUGGCCGGAACAGAGUGGAAGCGGUACAAGUCUCUAAACACUAUUCUGAAAGGUCACCGUCGCGGGGAGUUGACUGUAGUCACAGGCCCUACGGGAUCUGGAAAAACAACCUUUAUUAGCGAGUAUUCACUUGACCUUUGUGAAGCAGGGGUUAGGACGUUGUGGGGAAGUUUUGAGAUCUCCAAUGUAAAACUUGCUAAAGUGAUGCUCACACAGUUUGCAAAGAAGAACCUAUCAACCCAUAUAGGUGAAUUUGACUUUUGGUCCAAAGAGUUUGAACAAUUGCCACUGUUUUUCAUGACAUUUCAUGGCCAUCAGGCAAUUCAAAGGGUCAUUGAUGCAAUGACCCAUGCUGUGUAUGUCCACGACAUUGAGCACAUCGUCGUUGACAACCUUCAGUUCAUGAUGGGAGUUAUGGAUAAUGACAAGUUUAAUAUGCAGGAUCGUAUUAUUAGCAGUUUCAGAAAUUUUGCUACAACCAUGAACUGUCACAUCACUGUCGUCAUUCACCCACGUAAGGAAAAGGAAGAGGAACUAUGUACAGCCUCUGUAUUUGGUUCAGCUAAAGCCACCCAGGAAGCUGAUAAUAUACUUAUUCUUCAGGACCGAAGGAAGACCAAUCCACGUGCAGGAAAAUACAUACAGAUUGUGAAAAACAGAUUUGAUGGAGAUUUAGGAAAGAUGAUGUUAAAGUUUGAUAAAGAAACAUACACUUUUGCUAACAAGGAAGUGGACACAGAACAGAUAUCUAGGAAACAGUACAGUCAGCAGGAUUCUACAGUAAAGCCUACUGAUGGUAGUGAUGGUCAAACCAUGGAUAUGAUAUAUUCACAGAAUCAACAAGAUAGUGAACCAUGGGAGGCCAAUUCUCCACCUGAUCCUGCUGUGAAAAGAUUUAAAAAUGGCUCCUUAUUUCCGGCUAAAGAUUUGGAUGAAACCGAACCAGGGAUGAAUGAGGGGGACAAUACUAUGACAUAUACUUCAUACUGAUUGUUUUGUAUACUUUUUUGUCAGUUUAGAGGUUUACAGAUUAUAAAGUGAAAGUGAUGGCCAGUUUACAGUUUAUCAAGUGAAAGUGAUGGCCAGUUUACAGUUUAUCAAGUGAAAGUGAUGGCCAGUUUACAGUUUAUCAAGUGAAAGUGAUGGCCAGUUUACAGUUUAUCAAGUGAAGAUGAAGAAUUUUCAUUCCUGGUGAUAAUGUAUUUUCUAUCAGCAUGUUUAAUAGCUCAUAUUUCAUAUUGUUUUAUAUGAGAACAAAAUGUGGAAGGCAUCAUUUACAUUAUUGAUAUUGAUGAUGAUUUUGUGACCGUUCCUAUUAAAGAUUUAAAACACAGAAUUUGUAAUGUUUUCAAAGGGCAAAACUUAAAACUGUUUGUUCAUUACAUUACUGCUAUCCAUUUUUGGUGGCAGGUAUCACGUGUUUCAGUGCAUGACAAUGAAUACAUUUGAAGACAGAGUUAUUUUAAUGUCAGAAUGUAUUUGGUUUUCAAUUCCCUUUAGUUUAUUAAGUGCUAUAUACUUAUCUAUAUAUAUUAUUUCUUAUCUUUACCUUCACUUUUCUGUUUUUCGUCUGGAAUCUAGUGCCUUAUUGUAAGUUGAGAGACAUUUGUUAAACUGGGGCCUAUUAGUAAAUAACUGGGCAAAGUUGGAGAAUUAAUUAGUUUUCAUCCAUUUGCCUGAGAGGACUUGUGGGUUUUAGAUUCCAUUGUCCAAGUAUUGUUGAGUGUUUCAUCUACUAAUUUUUUUAAAUUUUUUAUUGUUAGAAGUCAUAAAUGUACAAAAAAAAAUUUCAUCCAGGGAGAAGUCAUGAUUGUACAAAAGGAAUUUUCAUUGUGGGAGAAGUCAUUAUUGUUCAAAAGGAAUUUUCAUUCAGGGAGAAGUCAUUAUUGUACAAAAUGAAUUUUCAUCCAGGGAGAAGUCAUGAUUGUACAAAAGGAAUUUUCAUUGUGGGAGAAGUCAUUAUUGUUCAAAAGGAAUUUUCAUUCAGGGAGAAGUCAUUUGUACAAAAGAAGUUUUUAUCCAGGGAGAAGUCAUUAUUGUACAAAAUGAAUUUUCAUCCAGGGAGAAGUCAUUAUUGAACAAAAGAAGUUUUUAUUUUGGGAGAAGUCAGUAUUGUACAAAAAAAUUCAUUCACUUUCAUUGUUUAAAGUCUAUAAUAAUAUACAAGUACAUAGCUGAUUUACAAUAUUCAUUAUGUUUUCAUGAAAUAUAUUCCUAUGUAUUAAAACAAAGAUAAUUACUCAGUAAAGGAAGUAAUGAUUUAUAAUAUGGAAUGAAGGAAGAGAAGAAUGAAGGUGAACACAGCUCAAAUCUGUUUACUGCUAAAUUAUUAAGAUGUUAAAAUAUGCUUAAAAAUCGUUCAUUUUUGUGAAGACAAGUACAAUCAGGUUUUUUUAUGAUAAAAAUUGCACCAGUUACAGAUUUAAGCCUACAGGGCACAGUUUGGAAAGAAAAAAGAGAUGAAAGGUUGGUUCUUGUUUUCUGAAUGAAUGUCUGCAAGUGUGUUCAUUACAAUUUAAAACAAGAAAUUUUUCUCGUCAUUUGAUUUAAGAUUCUCUCUUUUCUCAUUCCAUCUGCAAAACCCCUAUAGAAUUUCCCUCUGAUUAUACUGCAGCAUAGUUUAACAAGCAUAAAGACUUCAGCAUGUAUCAGUGUACGAAUGAACCACGAUGACUCCGUUGAGACCAUGAGAGUGUUGACCUAUAUAACUUGAGGUGAUGAUCAGAGGUGCUUAGUUUGACACUCUGGUCCCAUGGUGGUUUGUGUUUUUCAGGCAGCAGUGCUGUAAUGGUUCUGUCCUUGAGUAAGAAAUUGCUCCGGUUGGGCCUUUCAUAUACUGUUCAGUGAGGUAACUAUCAGCUACUACAAUAAGGACUCUCCCUCAGAAUGGCCCUGGCUGUUCCUUGGUGAUAAACCCAGUAAACAAAGUAUCAGUUGUUUACACUGUCAGUUAUAUAGUUACCUCAUAUUGUAUCUUAUAGUAUAUCACCUUAUUGUGUCGGCUGCAGAGCUGGCGGACACUUAGGGAUCACUUUGUCUGUAGUCACGGGGCGGCGGCAUCUGUACUAAAGUUUACUAGACUUUUUUUCAGUUAUGCUUUGAUUUAUCAAAGUGAAAUUUGGCAAUUGGCUUUUUGUUGCAAGGGUACAGAUCAAUUUGAUUCCUGGCUGUCUGUUAACCUUUUUGCCUGAGUUAUGCCCCUUUGAACUUAGAAAAUUCUCUGGGAAUAUUGUUUUCUUGACUUUCUUUCGUUAUGCUUUGAGUUAUAGAAAUGACAUUUUCUAUAUGCUGUCUGUGACCCUUCUUGGCUGAGUUAUGCCCCUUUAUGCUUCAAGUUAUAGAAAUGGAAUUUGGUAUUACAACUUUAUGUUUGUCACUUUAUGCAGGCGACACUCUUGUACAUUAUCUUCCUAUUUCUUGCUUUCUCCUACUUUAGUGUUACUAUUUUAAGACACUGACCUUGCUUUAUAUGUCCUAUUUGACUUAUCCUAUUACUUAUGUAUACAUAUUGAUGUAGAUCUACAAAACAUAUUUGACGGCUAUUAUAUCCCCUAUAACAAAGUUUGUCUGCAGGAUCCUGUAUGGACAAGUCUUCCUAUACUUUUUUUAAAACAUUUUUUAUGAGAUUUUGGAUGUAGUCAUCACACUCUGGUAUUGUGUACUUAUUGUUUUGCCACUUUAUCUUGUAUAAUGAUAAACCAAUAAAUUAGUGUUAAGGGAACUUUAUUGUGUCAGUCAGCCAUAUUGGAAACAAUUCUGUGUUAUAUUCAUGGUCAUGUAAAACUCUUAUUUUUGAAUUUUAAUCAGAUUCACUUCAAUAUGUGUGCGGUAGAAUUAAAGAAAUAGAAUAUAUUUCUGUUAUUUUGGUGUUGAGUAGGAAAAUGAUAUUUCCAUGUAUUUUUGAUCCUGCAAAGGAGAACAAUAUUGCUGUGUAAUUUUGAUACUGAAUAUGAUAUUAUAGAAUAUUCAGAAUAUUUUUUUUACAUCAAACUAGUUUGAUUUAGAACAAGGUUUAAAUACCUAGUUCAAAAUUAGAAAAGAUAUAUAAAAGGAUCCUUAGUGUUGUGUAGCAUGGAAUUUAUUCAACUAAUUAAUUUAUCUUUUGAUAUGUCAACAUUCAGUUGAGUAUAUAUACAUAUAUGUAUAUAUAUCACAGAUGUCUAAAACACAAGGCCUUGUUUCUACCAUACCUCAAUUUAUUUGAUAAAUGACAAAUUCACACUGCGUUGAUGUCAUUAUAAUAUUUUAUUUUAUUUCACCCGUGAUUUACCAGAAAAUAUCAACUUUAUCACUGGAUUGAGUGGUGAAGUAAGAGAGUUUAAAAUACAUCAAUAAUGUUAGAAUAUUGUGGUGAGCAGCUGAUUGAAAAUAACACAUUCACCAAGUGUAAUAUAAUUGGAAUAUGAAAGUAAUGACCAAUUUAUAGACUUUCCCCAACAUAGAAAGUAUUUCCUAUGUUUUCAUUUCAUCAAACCUGCAAUAGGUUCAAAUAAGAAAAAAAUGGUUUCUCGUUUUAACGAUUGAUUAAUUAGUAUGAGGAAACAUCAAUAACAGUGCAGAGGAAGUGGUAUUGACUCUCUCUCACACAGUAUUCAAUAGGAAGUUAUGUAUUAUUAUUUUAUGACAUAACUCGAUUUUAUGAGAAAAAUUGGAAAAAUAGAAAAAUAGUUGAUGCUGUCUGAAUCAAUUGCUGCUGGUUUUUAUCAAUUCUGUAACAUCUUUAUGUUUCGGAAACAUGUUAAGGAAUUGAUAAAAACACAGAAACAUGCAAUGUAAAAGUAUCUAUUUGUAGUGUGUAUAAAAAUGAUACCACAUGUUAUAAAAAUAUUGUGAAGUUAAUCUCUAUGACUUCAUUGUCUGUAAAUCACAAAAUAAUACACAGAUAUUGUUUGUUGUUUGUGUAGAGCUGAAACAGAGUGACCACACACACCACCAUUGUACUAAGCCAGUCUGUUUUUUGUUAUCAUUAUGUUUUGAA